AUGAAUGAGUUCAAAGAGGUUAACGAGGUCAAAGAAGUUAACGACUUCAAUGAGUUUAACUCGGGUGAUUUACAACAUUCAGAUGAAGAUUUCGAUAAUGAAUUCGAUAAUGAUACACUGCCCAGUAUACCUGGAAAGAAAGGCAGAAAGCUAGGUGCAAAAUACUCAUUAAUCCCACAAGGAUCACAGAAUAUAGAUAUAAAUAUGAAUAAACGUAAAAGACAAGCACCUUUACCUUUUAAUAGCUCAGUUAAUAACGCUAUUGCUUCUUCUUCAAAAGUUACUUCACGUACACGUCCACCUAAAGCUGAUCCAUAUCGUCCACAGAUCCCUGCACCUGAUUUUGCUAAACCUGAUUAUAGCCACGUUGAGGAGUUAUUUGAACCUUUUAUAAAGAAACAACUUGAACUCCAAGAUCAAGGUCAGACACCUCCACCAGUUAAAUUCCCCGUUAAUCAACGCCCUGAUUACGUUGUUUCUUCUGCACCGCGUAUACCACAGAAUUACAUAGUACCAGUUCCAUUAGACACUCACUCAAAAUCAAAUUACAAAACACGCAGGUGGUCGGAACAUACGAAGCAUAUUAGAAGUUUGAGUGGUAGUACACUCCGUUUGAAAUCUUGGCUGGGCUCGCAGCACAGUGAAUACAGCAAUAGACCUCCGCCACUUAUCCCUACAACUACAACCAACAGCAAUCAGGGGUUCGAAGAAUCUAUCAAUCCAGCAAAUAUCAUUACUCCUUCAGGCGUCCCUCUUAAUAAGCUCGAUAAGCGUACGAGAGAGUAUAAAAUGAUUAUGGCUCAACAUAAAUCUCAAUUGGAGCAAAAGAGAAUGGAUCAACAGCGCCAGAAGAUUGAUGAUAACCAUCAAAGUGGUGUUGGUGGUCUUGCUAACAGCGGCGGUGUUGACAGUGGUGCCAAUAGCGUUGAUAAUACUGUUGAUAACAUCGUUGAUAGCGUUAUUGAAAAAAAGGAAGACGAUGAUACUGUGGAUAUCGCAGAUAAUUCAGAAACCGUCGAUAAUGCAGACAACCUGGAGACUGCCAAUAACGUAUAUAACCCAGAGAAAACUGAAAUAUCAGUUUUCUAUCUCGAUGAUCUUCCCGUUUGUUUCCCGUACGAUCGUAUAUAUCCAGAGCAGUACAGCUACAUGCGCGAUCUCAAAAAGACACUCGACGCUGGUGGCCACUGCGUACUAGAAAUGCCUUCUGGGACCGGAAAGACUGUGUCGCUGCUAUCACUUAUCGUCGCCUAUCAGCAGCAUUACGACGCAGACAGAAAGCUGGUAUACUGCUCGCGCACAGUACCAGAAAUUGAAAAAGCUCUUGCAGAAUUGAAGAGAUUGAUGGCUUACAGAGCUGAUCAAGGUUACGCCGCUAAAGAUAGUGGCUAUACCGGCUUAGGACUUAGUUCACGUAAAAAUCUCUGCCUUCAUCCUUCAAUUAGCCAGGAGAGACGCGGUAAAGCUGUUGAUGCUAGGUGCAGAGAUCUCACUUCUGCUCAUGCUGUACAGAGAGGCAGAGACGAUCCAUCGAGUCACGAGCUCUGUAGCUAUCAUGAGAACUUGUCAGAGCUAGCACCAGGUGAGAUCAUCCCUCCUGGAAUCUGGACAAUUGAGGAUGUUCGCAAGUUUGGUCAACAGAAAGGUCUUUGUCCAUAUUUCAGCGUUAGACGAAUGGUCCAAUUUUGCAACACUAUAAUCUACUCUUUCCACUAUCUCCUAGAUCCUAAAGUUGCCGAGAUGGUAUCUAGAGAAAUGUCGAAGGACGCUAUCGUCGUGUUUGACGAAGCACACAACAUAGAUAACGUCUGCAUUGAGUCACUCAGUAUAGAUCUAACCCGUCCAAUGCUCGAAAGUGCUUCGAGGAGUGUCGAUAGACUAUCAGAUAAAAUCUCAGAAGCUAAACAGAACGACGCUCAGAGGCUACAAGAUGAAUAUGCCAAAUUGGUUGAAGGGAUGCAAGAUUCCGACGCACCUCCACCAAAUGAUGAAAUGGCCAUGAUAAGGCGGCAGGAAGAGGAUGUAUUAAGUAAUCCAGUACUACCCGACGACCUUCUCAAAGAGGCUAUACCUGGAAAUAUUCGCAAGGCAGAGCAUUUCAUUGCCUUCUUGAAAAGAUUUGUCGAAUAUUUAAAGACUCGCAUGCGUGUUCUGCACGUCGUCGCAGAGACCCCACUGUCCUUCUUACAGCACCUUCGGGAUAUCACCUUUAUCGAGAGGAAGCCAUUGAGGUUUUGCUCAGACAGACUCUCAAACCUUAUUAAAACUUUAGAGCUCGAGAGGCUGGACGAGUAUUCGUCUUUGCAGUCUGUUGCUGCAUUUGCAACACUUGUUUCAACAUAUGAAAAGGGCUUCCUGCUCAUACUUGAGCCAUUUGAAACAGAAACUGCAACAAUACCAAAUCCAAUAUUUCACCUCACUUGUCAAGACGCUAGUAUAGCAAUAGCCCCAGUCUUUGACAGGUUCUCAUCAGUAAUCAUCACAUCUGGUACCAUAUCACCAUUAGAUAUGUAUCCAAAGAUGCUCAAUUUCAACGCGAUAGUGCAAGAAUCGUAUCCAAUGACACUAUCUAGGAACUGUUUCAUUCCAAUGGUUAUAACAAGAGGCAGUGACCAAGUAGCAGUCAGUUCACGAUUUGAGGUAAGGAACGACCCAGCCGUCGUCCGCAAUUAUGGACAGAUGUUGAUAGAAUACUCGAAAGUUAUUCCUGACGGUAUAGUAGCCUUCUUUCCUAGUUAUUUGUACAUGGAGAGUAUAGUAAGUGCGUGGAAUGAGAUGCAAAUACUCGAUGAAGUGUGGAAGCACAAGCUUAUUUUCGUUGAAACACCCGACGCACCCGAGACAAGCAUAGCAUUAGAGAACUUCCGUAAAGCUUGCGAUAAUGGACGUGGAGCAGUUAUGUUAUCGGUGGCACGAGGGAAAGUGAGUGAAGGAAUAGAUUUUGAUCAUCAUUUUGGUCGGGCUGUUAUAAUGUUUGGAGUUCCAUACCAAUACACAGAAUCUCGUAUACUCAAAGCUCGUUUAGAAUACCUACGUGAUAAUCACAGAAUACGUGAAUCAGAUUUCUUAACUUUCGACGCAAUGAGACACGCUGCGCAGUGUGUAGGUAGAGUUUUGAGAGGUAAAUCUGAUUACGGUUUGAUGAUCUUUGCCGAUAAGCGAUUCGCGAGAUCAGAUAAAAGAGCAAAGUUACCACGUUGGAUUAAUCAAUACAUCGCUGAAACAUCAUCGAAUCUUUCAACCGAUAUGGCUAUAUCUCUCGCAAAGAGGUUUGUCAGGACUAUGGCUCAACCAUUUGAUCAUUCUCAAACUGGGGUCAGUUUGUGGACAAUGGAUCAUGUUUUAGAGAGACAGAGGUUGGAUAAGGAGAGUGAUCUCGCAGCUGUAGCACUCACUGAUAAAGAUCAUAUGAACGUCGAUGGAGUUGUUGACGGAGUUGCAGAUGGAGUUGGCGAUUCUAGCGGUGAUAGUGAUAUCGAUGAUACUGGUGGGAUUGAUGAUAACGCAUUGAUAGAUAUCCCUAUGACGCAGUAA